AUGGAAUAUUUGUUUCCAUCUAAAUGUAAAUUUGUUGACACCUACAGUAUUGACAGGUCAAGAAAGAAUUGUGCCACCAUGUUUACUGAAGGCAUGAGACCUCAUGUUACGAAGGAGGAUAUCAAUCUGCCAUCUGGUUAUCAAGGAAAACUUGCCUUUGUAUUGCAUAAUGUCCUCACAGAAGAGGAGUGCAACAGGUUUAUACAAGAAACAGAGAGGAUCGGCUACAUCCCUGCACUUGUCAACGUGGGGGGCGGUAGGGAAAAGAUGAUGACUGAUGUACGUAGCAGUAAGCGCUGCAUUGUAGAUUCUGUACCUUACGUGCAAGAGCUGUGGGAACGGAUUAAAGAGUUCAUUCCAUCUGUGUUUAAGGAGCACAGAGUUCUUGGUCUGAAUGAGCGCUUGAGAUUUCUUAGAUAUGAUGCCGGAGACUACUUCAGACCACAUUUUGAUGGCUCAUACAAACGUGAUAAUGGGGAGCGAAGUUACAUUACAUUUCAGCUGUAUCUUAAUGAGGGUUUUGAAGGAGGUGCAACAACUUUUAUUGGGGUCCAACAUGAUCUUGUGCCAGUAAUUCCAAAGACAGGAUCAGUCCUCAUAUUUCAACAUGAUAUUUGCCAUGAGGGAUCAGAGCUUACUGCUGGGCGCAAGUAUACAGUGAGAACAGAUAUCAUGUCCUCGGCAGAAAGAGUCGACAGUGUUAAUACUAGCAGUAGCUGUGAACUUUGA